AUAAAAACCUUGUUCCCAUGAUAAUUUCAAGAAUAAAUACUUCAAAUUCGAUCCAAUUUCCCACACAAAAUAUUCCAAUUCGUGUCACAUUCAUCUCAAUUAUCCCUUCUACAUCGUAGAUGGAAUCAAUUCUCCUUAUUUUUUAUUCUUUUUUGCCUCCAAAACAUUCCGAAUUUGAUUGUUUUGUACCCAACAUGCUUCAAAAACAACGUAAUACAACUUUUUCUGAUUACCCAUUUGUUUUAUUAACUCGUUUAUACUAUUUAUACUAUUUAAUCACAUUAAUUUUACUACCCAUUGUCUCAAGUUUGAAUCUUUUUGCUGGAGUUGAAAGCACCCACCAACUGUUUGAUAAAUUGCCUGACUGAGUGCUUAUAAAAAUUUGAUCUUGAAAACCGAAGUGAUUGUGUUCCAAAGUUGAAUAUAGUUUGGGUUUAAGAUGGCUGCUUCAGCUGAUGAAGGAUCAAGGCAUCCACAAGGUGUACAGGUUGUUCCGUUUAGUACGUCUGGUGCACCGUUAAAAGCUGUGUUACUACACGGGAACUUGGAUAUAUGCGUGAAAGAGGCGAAUAAACUGCCUAACAUGGAUGCAUUUAAUAGAAAGUUCACCCCUCUAUCGGGUAUCAGUGAUCCUUACGUGACGGUAUCUGUAGCCAAUGCGGUGAUUGCUCGAACGUUUGUUAUAAACAACAGUGAAAACCCUGUUUGGGAGCAGUGUUUUUACGUUCCCGUAGCACACUAUACAACCGAAGUGUUAUUCGUUGUUAAAGACAGCGAUGUUGUGGGGUCUCAACUAAUAGGCGCGGUUGGGAUUCCAGCCGAAAAGUUAGUUAACGAUUUAGCGAUAAAGGGUACUUUCCCUAUUUUGAAUGCAAGUGGACAACCGUGUAAACUUGGUGCCGUAUUAACUCUAUCGAUCAAGUACACACCAGUGGAUCAAAUGGUCAUUUACCGCGAUGGAGUGGGGUCCGACCCGGAGUUUAAAGGGGUCCCGAACACCUAUUUUCCGCUUAGAAGAGGCGGGAAAGUUACGCUUUAUCAAGAUGCUCAUGUUGACUGUAGUCUACCAAGUUUGAAACUUGAUCGCGGGUUGAAAUACGUACAAGGAGAUUGCUGGCGGGAUAUUUGUGACGCUAUUAGACAAGCGCGAAGAUUGAUUUAUAUCACGGGGUGGUCUAUUUUCCACAAAGUUCAGCUCGUUCGGUAUGGCGCGAAGGCUAGAGAUAGCGUUUUGGGAGAUCUUCUUAAAAGCAAGGCGGAUGAAGGCGUGCGAGUGCUUCUUCUUGUAUGGGAUGAUCCUACUUCAAAGAGCAUUUUCGGGUAUAAAACGGAAGGGGUUAUGCAAACUCAUGACGAAGAAACUCGGGCCUUUUUCAAGAAUUCGUCAGUGCAAGUAUUACUUUGUCCUCGUUCUAUACCGAAGAGCAGCUGGACCAAGAAGGAUGCGGAAACCAUCUAUUCCCAUCAUCAGAAAACCGUUAUAGUGGAUGCCGAUGCCGGUAUCAAAAGAAGAAUUAUGGCGUUUGUAGGAGGUCUUGAUCUGUGUGAGGGGCGUUACGAUACUCCGGAACAUUCUCUCUUUAGCACAUUAAACACUUUGCACAAAGAUGAUUAUCAUAAUCCUAACUAUACUGGGUCUACAGCUGGCUGUCCAAGAGAACCAUGGCAUGAUUUGCAUUGCCGAAUCGAGGGUCCCGCAGCAUACGACGUCCUCCAAAACUUCGAGGAGAGGUGGUCGAGGGCGUCAAAGCCGCGUGGCCUUUCGAAAAUAACCAAACUUUCCGAUGUUUUACUUAAACUAGAUAGAAUUCCAGAAAUUUUAGGCAUCACCGAUGCUCAUUACACAAGUGUAAAAGAUCCAGAAGGUUGGCACGUCCAGGUGUUCCGUUCAAUCGAUUCGAACUCCGUUAAAGGUUUAGGCUUCCCUAAAGACCCAAAAGAUGCUAAAAACAAGAACCUGAUAUGUGGAAAACACGUGCUGAUAGACAUGAGUAUACAUACGGCGUACGUGAAGGCGAUCCGUACAGCUCAGCAUUUCAUUUAUAUUGAAAAUCAGUACUUUCUUGGAUCUUCGUAUAACUGGUCUACCCACAAAAGCUUAGGUGCAAACAAUUUAAUACCAAUGGAAAUCGCUCUUAAAAUUGCUAAUAAGAUUCGAGCCAACGAGAGGUUUGCUGCAUAUAUAGUGAUUCCAAUGUGGCCCGAGGGCGUUCCUACUAAUUCGGCUACUCAACGGAUUCUCGUAUGGCAGCAUAACACGAUGAAAAUGAUGUAUGAAGUUAUUUACAAGGCUUUACAAGAAACAGGGCUCGAAAAUGAUUACGAGCCACAAGAUUACUUGAACUUUUUCUGUCUCGGCACUCGUGAGUCAUCUCAAAGUGUACCGCCAAAUUCAAAUGGGAAAAUCUCGUUCGCCCCGAAUACGCCUCAAGCACUUGGUAUAACAAGCCGGCGAUUUAUGAUCCAUGUAAAUUCAAAAGGAAUGAUAGUUGAUGACGAGUAUGUGAUGUUGGGUUCUGCGAACAUCAACCAGCGUUCAUUGGAAGGCACCCGAGACACUGAAAUUGCAAUGGGCGCGUAUCAGCCUCAUCAUACGUGGGCCCACAAAGGUUCUAGUCCAGCUGGACAGGUAUUUGGAUAUCGGAUGUCACUUUGGUCAGAGCAUAUUGGAAAGCUCGAGAGCUGUUUCGAGCAACCACAGAGCCUCGAGUGUGUGAGAAGGGUUCGGUUUUUGGGUGGUCAGAACUGGGCACAGUAUGCAUCUGAUAAAGUAACGGAUAUGACAGCUCAUUUGCUCAAGUAUCCGGUAGAGGUUGACCGGAAGGGGCAGGUCAAACCGCUGUCUGGGUGUCAAAAUUUUCCGGAUGUGGGUGGGAGUAUCGUGGGUUCGUUUGUGUCUGUUCAAGAGAACCUCACCAUAUGAAGCUACAUAGGGUGACUGAAUGUGUGUUCUUUAGUUGAAUGUUGGUUAUAUCAAUUGCAUUCUGUAACAAUAAAUGGAAGUUAUGAUGCUUAUAUGUUUAGUUUGAUUCAUCUUAAGUGCAUUUUGUGUUCUCU